AUGGCAGAUUCGAGGGCCGAUACCAAGGUUAAGUCAAAGCCAAAGCCAGAAAGACUACCAAUAACCGUUGAAAAACCCACACCAUAUGUAUUUGAUCUUGGGAACCUCAUGGCACUGGAUGCGAACCCAAUUGAUCUUCCUCAGGCCGCAAAGUCUUCGCCAUUGGUAUUAAACCAGACUCUUAAAGCUACGGCACGCGAUGGCGCCCAGUGCCUUGUCAACCAGCUCCUCACCACUUGUCCGAUAACGAGUUCAAUGCAUGAUGGGGUCCUUCUUACCCUUCCACGACCAACAAGCAUGGUACCUCGUUUCAAGCCACUGCCGACUCCUAAACCUCCCACCAAAUGGGAGCUCUUUGCUCGCAAGAAGGGAAUUGGCAAAUACAACUCCAAGCUGGGUAGCGGUCUAGCCGACACUGAAAGAAAGAAAAACUUGGUUUAUGACGAGGAGAAGGACGAAUGGGUGCCUAAAUGGGGAUACAAGGGAAAGAACAAGGGGACUGAGAAUGACUGGCUUGUGGAAGUUGAUGAGUCCAAGUGGAAGAAAGAGGAGCAGAUGAACAGCGAGGGCAAGUCUAUUCGAAACGAGGGCAGAAAAGAACGAAUGGAAAGGGCAAGGAGAAACGAAAGAAAGAUGAGGGCGAACGAACGCAAGGCCAGAACUGGGAAAGCCAGGUAA